AUGUUCCGGGAACUUUUCGACAGCAUGGACCAGUGGCGGCCUAAGGUUCUCGUGAACACGUUCGACGAGCUGGAGGCGACCGUGCUGUCGGAGAUGAAGAAGCAUCUCGACGUGUUCGCCGUCGGUCCCAUGGUCGCCGCCGGUGGCUCAUCAAACGAAGAACGGAUCCAUUUGUACAAGCACGACGACGCCGACAAGAAGAGUGUUGAACCAACUAAUCAGGGCGGAACGGAGACUGCACGUUUGCGUCUUGACCGCGUUCAGGGGUCGCCGCGGUCACCACCGGCCGGUGCCGCGUCGUGCCGAGCUCCUCGCCGGAGAUCGGUUCUAACAAAGAGGUACAUGGAGUGGCUCGGAGCUCAGCCGGAGAGGUCGGUGGUGUACGUGUCGUUCGGGAGCAUAGCGAGCUACACCAAGCAGCAGAUCGAGGAGAUGGUGGAAGGGCUCCUGCAGUGUGGACGGCCAUACUUGCUGGCCCGCAGAGACGGGCUCGAGGAGGGUGCACGCCACGUCCUGGAGAACGCCCAGAGAAGCGGCGGCCAUGGGAUGGUCGUGGACUGGUGCAACCAGCCGGAGGUCCUGUCGCACCCGGCGGUCGGGUGCUUCGUCUCGCACUGCGGGUGGAACUCGACGAUGGAGGCCAUGGCCGCCGGCGUGCCACUCGUCGGCGUGCCCAGCAUGUUCGACCAGCUGACGAAUGCGCACUUGGUGGAGGAGGAGCGGGAGAUCGGCAUCAGAGGAGAGCGUAACAGCGAGGGUGUGUUAGCUGGGAUGGAGCUGGCAAGGUGCGUUGAGUUGGUCAUGGGUCAGGUACGAAAGCAAUGGCGAUAA